AUGCCCGCCAUUGCAUUCGGCACCGGGUCCAAGUGGAAGGGUCAGGACGUGACGGACUACGUGAGCCAGGCCAUUGAGGCCGGGUUCUCGCACAUCGACUCCGCACAAUGGUACAAGACCGAGGACAGCGUCGGUCGCGCCAUCCAUGAGAGUGGGCUCGGCCGUUCUGACCUUUAUCUCACCACCAAAUGGUCGGGUCUCACCACCAUUCCCGAGGCCAUCCAAGACAGUCUGAAGAACCUCGGUGUCAAGCAAGUUGACCUUUACCUGAUUCACAACCCAAUGGUUAUCACCGAUUUGGAGGUCAACUGGCGGGACUUCGAGAAGAUCAAGGAGGACGGGCUCUCCAGGAGCAUCGGGGUCAGCAACUUCGACUUGAAGCUCAUGCAAGAUCUUCUCAAGAUUGCCAAAGUCAAACCUGCUGUGAAUCAGAUCUUGUUCCAUCCGUACAACUACGCUCAGAUGAAGGAGCUAGUGGAGUUCAGCGCGGAGCACGGUAUCGUCACAGAAGCAUACAGCAGCUUGCAACCCAUAACGAAAUACCCGGGCGGCCCUGUCGAUAAGCCUGUCGAAGCAGCAGCAAAACGAUUGGGGGCGUCCACUACGCAAGUUCUCUUGUCUUGGGUCAAGAGCAAGGGCGUUGCCAUUGUGACCACGAGCUCAAACAAGGGGCGGUUGCAAGAGUACCUGGCGGUCGCUGAGCUUCCCCCGCUUACGGAUGAAGAGAUUUCUGCCAUCGACGAGGCCGGCGCGAAGGGUCCUUCUACCUCUAUUAUGACGUCGGAGAAGGCUAACGUCAGAAAAUGGUUCAAGAUCGCAUCGAUCACCCUUCAACUGAUAUUUCAGCUGUGUUUCUUGGUUCGUUUCGCCUAUCGUUGGAUGUAUGUGUGGUAG